CUGGGCGUUACGCGUCAUGGGGCGGGGCGAGGAGAAGCCGAACGUAAAGACGCCAGGAGUUUCUCGGGCCCAGCUCUGGCUGUUGCCGGGGAGCCCCAAACCUUGACGGGUCCUUGCGGCGAAUAGGAGUCUGGGCAGGCGUCAGGCUAGUCCGACGAAGAGUGGGUAGGUGGACGCCCUCCAAAGAGCGGCGGUUGUCCGGGAGCCCUCUCAGUUGGCCGCGCCCGGGGCGCAUGCGCGGGGCGGGCGGUGCGGUUUGGGCAGCUUGUCCUCUCCGGCCCCGGGCGCUGAGGGCCUCCGUACGGCGCCGCGUAGGGUCUCGGCCGCAGAACGUGGCCGAGAGGCCCGGGCGAGACUUCGGAACCGUGUCCUGAGCGCGCUCCGUGCGCCCGGCGCGAGCCCUCUUGACUUACUGUAGGUGUGAUCAGCACUGGAAAAGAUGCCUGCCCCUGCUGCCACAUAUGAAAGAGUAGUUUGCAAAAACCCUUCUGAGUACCACUACAUGAAAGUCUGCCUAGAAUUUCAAGAUUGUGGAGUUGGACUGAAUGCUGCACAGUUCAAACAGCUGCUUAUUUCGGCCGUGAAGGACCUGUUUGGGGAGGUUGAUGCUGCCUUACCUUUGGACAUCCUAACCUAUGAAGAGAAGACCUUGUCAGCUAUCUUGAGAAUAUGUAGCAGUGGUCUUGUCAAAUUGUGGAGCUCUUUGACCCUGUUAGGAUCCUAUAAAGGGAAAAAAUGUGCUUUCCGGGUGAUUCAGGUUUCUCCAUUUCUCCUUGCAUUAUCUGGUAAUAGUAGGGAACUAGUAUUGGAUUGAAUGAAUCGUCUUCCAUUUUGGAAACAUUCGUCCACUCUCAGAUUUAUUUUUUGGUGCCUGCAUGUUUGAAGACUGAAGCAGGCUAAAAGCUCUUGAUGAAAUUUGAGGGUGCUGAAGAUGUUCCCACUAAUUUCCAGCCAUCACCUUUGGUGGGGUGGGCUUCGGAGGACCGUCUGCCUGAACCUGCCAGUGCUGACCCUGCAGCACUUUCAGCAUAUGCACAUCAAAGUUGGAGACCGUGCUGAACUUAAGAGGGCCUUCACACAGACGGAUGUGGCAACCUUCUCAGAAUUAACGGGGGAUGUCAAUCCUUUGCAUUUGAAUGAAGACUUUGCAAAACACACCAAGUUUGGAAAUACAAUUGUACAUGGCGUUUUGAUCAACGGACUUAUCUCAGCUCUCCUGGGAACUAAAAUGCCAGGACCAGGCUGUGUAUUUCUUUCCCAGGAAAUUAGCUUUCCAGCCCCUUUAUAUAUUGGAGAAGUUGUUUUAGCUUCUGCAGAAGUGAAAAAGCUGAAGCGGUUCAUUGCUAUUAUUGCAGUGUCAUGUUCUGUAAUAGAAAGUAAAAAGACUGUUAUGGAAGGCUGGGUUAAAGUUAUGGUUCCAGAAGCUCCCAAAUCCUGAAAUACAUGUUUUAAAGAUGCAA